UGAUGAUGAUGAUGACAUGACGGUGCCGACCCGCUCGUGAGAAUGUACGAGGUGAUGUCCGGUGACACCCUCUCCUGGAAGCCGCCCAGUCCGAGAAAAAGCAGCUCGGGCUCCAGCCAUGAGGCGCCCUCCGCUGGAGACGGAGGGCCAGUCAAGAUCCUCAAAGUGUGCUUCUGCACCAACAACAACCUGGGCAAGAACUUCAAGCUGGUUAAAUGUGACAGCUCCUGGCAAAUUAGGGCCAUCAUUCGUUCGAUCCUGAUCUGCGGUCGAUUGGGGCCGAACAUCGAACACGCCGCGUGCUACGGCCUCCUGCUGAAGCACCUGAAGUCAGAAGAGCUCCACUGGCUGCACCCGGAUCUGACCGUCGGCGAGGUGGAGCAGCGCUACGAGAGCCAUCACGUGGAGGCCGAGUGGAGGUACGACCUUCGUAUCAGAUACGUUCCUGUCAAUUUCUUGAAGAAAUUCCAGGAUGACAGAUCUACGUUAGUGUUUUUUUACCAACAGGUGCGUAGUGAUUACAUGCAGAGUCACGCCUCCAAGGUGAGUGACGGGAUGGCGCUGCUGCUCGGGUGUUUGGAGAUCAGGAGGUUCUACAAAGACAUGAAUGCAAAAGGUCUUGAGAAGAAGUCCAACUUUGAGCUGCUAGAAAAAGAGGUCGGCUUGGACCUCUUCUUUCCUCAACAGCUGAUUAACAGCAUGAAGUCAAAGCAGCUGCGGAAGUUGAUCCAGCAGACGUUUCAACAGUACGCGGCCCUCAAGGAGGAAGACUGCAUGAUCAGGUUUUUCGAGACCCUCAAAGAGUUUGUCAACUACGAUGAAGAGGUUUUCCCGUGCGAGCUCGUGCAAGGUUGGAGUCUAGCGGUGGAGCUGGUCAUCGGCGGGAGGGGGAUUCGCCAACGCACACAGAAGAAUUCAGCGCCGGUUUUUCUAGCCGACUUCAAACAGAUCAAGAAGAUACAAUGCUUAUCCCAGAGCGAUGGGAAGGCUCUCCUGGACCUCAGCGUAGAGGGGGCCAGACAACGGCUAUCGAUCAACGUGGCCACGGUCCCCAUGGCGGAGAACAUGAUGGACCUCAUCGACGGCUACUGCCGCCUGGAGAAGGACACGGAUGAAAGCGUCAUCCACCGAGCGAACGCAGAUGCCAACGCGCGGUGUGCUCUACCGGAGAUUCCCACGGACAAAAGAGACUCCGGCUCGGUCAGACACAGUAUGGGGUCGGAUAUCUACUGUGAGAUUCUCGAUGAAAGGCCGACCUCGGUUGUUAAGUACGGAAUCGACCGGAAUGACAUCGUUCUCGGCCGGAUACUUGGUGCAGGUUUUUUUGGGGAAGUCUACGAUGGAGUUUACAAAAAAGAUAGUGGCGAGAGGAUUAACGUGGCAGUGAAGACCUGCAAAGACUGCUCACCCGAUGUGAUGGAGAAGUUCAUGAGCGAAGCAGUAAUCAUGAAGAACCUCAAUCAUCAGCACAUCGUCAAACUCAUCGGAAUCAUCGAGGACGAUCCCGUGUGGAUAGUCAUGGAGCUCUAUCAGUACGGAGAGCUCGGGAACUACCUAACAGAGAACAAGAAGACGCUGACCAACAUUACUCUGGUGCUGUUCAGCCUGCAGAUCUGCAAAGCUCUGGUCUACCUCGCAGGGGCCAACGUGGUACACAGAGACAUCGCUGUGCGCAACAUCUUAGUCGCCAGUGCAGACUGUGUGAAGCUCGGAGACUUCGGUCUGUCGAGAUACAUCGAGCACGAGGAGUACUACAAAGCGUCUGUUACUCGGUUGCCGAUCAAGUGGAUGGCUCCAGAAUCCAUCAACUUCAGACGUUUCACCACCGCCAGUGACGUCUGGAUGUUUGCCGUAUGCAUGUGGGAGAUAAUGAGUUGUGGACAGCAGCCGUUCUUCUGGCUGGAGAACCGAGACGUGAUCAACCAGCUGGAGCAGGGGAUCCGGCUGCCAAAGCCUGACAACUGCCCUCCUGCCCUCUACUCACUGAUGACGCGCUGCUGGUCCUACGAUCCCAGUGAGAGGCCCACCUUCACCGAGCUCGUGGUGAAGAUCAGUGAUGUCCACAAGAUGGAGAAGGAGCAGGAGGUGGAGAGAGAGCGCGAUAGAGCGCGCUCCACCAAGAUUUUCGACCCCAAGUUCAGCGUCAACGAGCCUCCUCCCAAGCCCUCCAGAAUCAAACCGAGCCGCUUCGGGAACACGCUCAGCAUUGGACUACACAUUCAGCUGAACGAGUCGCUGUGUGCCAGCUCACCUGACCUGGCCAGCCCAUGUGACUACCAGUCUCCCGUGGACUCCAUGGGCGCGCUCGCGCUGCCAGCCAUCAAGUCCCCUCGGCGUCGCAGCAUCGGGGAGGGCGAGUUUUUCCAAGUGGAAGCAAACGUCAUGGAGGACGCCACGCGCCUCUGGCAGAAGGAGCGGCAGCAGAUGCAGGACACCCUGCGCCGGCAGAAAGAGCAGAUGGUGGAGGACAAGAAGUGGCUGGCGAAGGAGGAGCGGCUCCUGGACCCCAUGGGAGCGGAGGAGGCCGCCGGCACAGCGUCGCCUGAAGGGGUUGCAGAACAUCCAACCCCAGAUAAGCCCCCGAGGCUCACGGCACAGCCGACGCCCACAGCUGAGCUGGACCGCUCCGAGGACAUGGUGUACCAGAACGUCAUGGAGCUGGUCAAAGUCGUCGUUCAACUCAAGAAUGACAUCACGGAGGUGCCACCGGAAAAAUACAUCACCAUCGUCCAGUCUGUGGGGAUGGCUUUACGACAUCUGAUUCGCAGUGUGGAUGACAUACUGCCCACCUUACACGAGUCGGUCAGGACCGAGAUCGAAGGCACCCAGAAGCUGCUGAACAAAGACAUGGCGGAGCUGAUCAGCAAAAUGCGGCUGGCCCAGCAGAAUUCCAUCACCUCUCUGAAGGAGGAUUGUAAAAAACAGAUGCUGACUGCGGCACACAAUCUGGCCAUGGACAGUAAAAACAUGUUAGAUGCUGUGGACCAAGCCAGAGUCAGGGCCAAUUUAGCGAAGCCGGUGGCCCCCUAGUGGACAGGGGGGGCGCACCUUUCAGCCUCAAGCUGGUGACACACACAACUCAGUCAGUAAGAACUAACAUUUGCACAAAGUUGAGCCUUUUCUGAUGUCAUCAAACCGCUUAAAUCGAGACGAGGCUCGUCAUACCUGUGAAUGUGUGUCGUUAAAGCUGUGGUUGCAUACGUUGAGUCACAAACACAUACGCCAUCAGUGAUGUGUAGGAUGCCUUCCCUGCAGGUGAGAUCGCCGCAUCUCCUCCACUUUUAAUCAGUAAAGAACAAUGAGUUCUGAGUCUUUGUGGGCCAAUGUGAAAACUUCUCCGUUGGAGAGGUUAUGACACUCAGGUGUUAAGGCGAUGAAUGAACUACAUCACAAUCUUAUAAGCUUGAGUUGACACAACAGGGCUGUAAAGGUAGACUAGUCAGCAUGAUGACAUUUGUAGUCUCAUUUAUCCUCCUUUUUUAAGUGAAAUUUUAGAAAAAUAUCAAAAAGCAUUUCUAUCCACAAUUCAAGCCAUUCAAAGAACCCACAGACGGACCCGAAAGUACAAAAAUGCUGCUAACUCAUUCCUGCAGCUCUGUAUUGUGUGAACUCAAAGGACUUAACAUUUAUCUGGAUGGAUACGUCCUAAACACCAGUUUCAAUAUAUGAAAUUUAAAAUAUGAAAAAUAUGACGGCACAACUCAGUGGAUAUGGACAACUUGGUGGAAAAAAAGUUAAUGUACUUAACAAGGUAGUAUGUAUACUGAAAAUCAUGGUCUAUUAACAUCACAUUUACCAUGCAUUAAUUUUACAAAGAUUUGAUUUAAUGGUCACUGUUCUCAUUGUUGAUUUAUUCACUUGAGUUUCUGUGCAGGAAUUGAAUUGAAAAGUCAAACAAUUGCAAAAUAACGGGGUCUAAACUAAAAAGGUCUAGUCUUUCACACCUGUUGAGUGAAAUGUUGAAAAACAUGGUUGAAAAACAUUAAACUGUUCAGUGUUUUAUAUAUUCUUAUAUUUCAAGUUUGACUAGUUAUACGUUACAAUUCUGUGAGAUGGAGACAAGAACUCUCUUUCUAGCACAUAAAUCAUGUGAUCUAAAAAUAAAUACCAUGUAUGAUA